ACAGAAGUAUGCUAAAACCAAAGACACAACAGGAAGUAACCCAACAAAUCAAACCGUACCUUUCGUGAUCUAACCUUAAAAUUCAUGUCCAAGUUCUCUUCUCUUCUAUAAAUAAACCAAUAAUAACUUCCCUUUUCUUUCUCUUUUAAUUUUCCCAUAUCUCAGAAUCCUUCAAUUUCUACAAAUUUAUACAAAGUUUCCCCUUUUUUUAAGGGUUAGGGUUUUAUUAGAAAAUCGGGAAAAAAAAAAAAGGAAGAAGAAAGAAAAUGGGACCAGAAGGGGAUUCAAAUUCGAAUUCUAAUGAUUCAGUUCGUGGUGGCGAGGGAGACGGAGUUGCGAUAAAUAUCAGGUGCGCCAACGGUUCAAAGUUUACUGUGAGAACGAGCCUUGAAUCGACGGUGGAGGCUUUUAAAGCUGUUUUGGCUAAGAAUUGUGACGUUCCAGCUGCUCAGCAACGCUUGAUUUAUAAGGGUCGCAUUCUGAAGGACGAUCAAACCCUUCAAAGCUAUGGUUUGGAAGCUGAUCACAAUGUCCACUUGGUUCGUGGUUUUGCCCCAGCUACUCCGGUUUCCUCUGCUGUUAGUGCAAAUGCUGAAACUCCUAAUACUGCACCAAGUGUUACACAUGGUGUUGGUUCUGAUGGAAGUGGGGGUCUUGGUGGUGCCAGUCUUGGGGAAUCUUUAUUUCCCGGACUUGGAUUAAAUGCAUUGGGUGGGGAUGACCCUGCUGGCUUGCUGGGACCUGGGAACCCAGCGAUGGAACAAAUGCGACAGCAACUUAUGCAGGACCCCAACAUGAUUACAGAAAUGAUGAACUUGCCUCCCAUCCAAAACCUGAUGAAUAGUCCUGAGCUAAUGCGCAGUUUGAUUAUGAACAGUCCUCAAAUGCGUGAUAUUGUUGAUCGUAACCCGGAGCUUGCGCAUAUACUCAAUGAUCCUGGCAUUCUUCAACAGACAUUAGAAGCUGCAAGGAACCCAGAACUGAUGCGUGAGAUGAUGCGAAACACAGAUAGGGCCAUGAGUAAUAUUGAAUCUUCCCCUGAAGGAUUUAACAUGCUUAGGCGUAUGUAUGAAAAUGUUCAGGAGCCUUUUCUAAAUGCUACAACAUUGUCUGGAAAUGCUGGAAAUGAUUCAAGGUCAAACCCAUUUGCAGCUCUCUUGGGGAACCAGGGUGGUGCACAGCCCAGGGAUGUUUCUAACAACCCUCCUGCCACUGGUUCUGAAACAGCUACUGGGCUUACUGCCCCAAAUACUAACCCACUUCCUAACCCUUGGGGCAAUUCUGGUGGAGGGACGGAAACAAAUGCCACUGCAGGGUCAAAUCCUGCUGAUGCAAUGGGACUGGGUACGGGUGGUUUUGGAGGACUUGUUCUUCCUGGUACAGAUCAGAUGGUUAGUGGUAUGCCUGAUAUUUCUCAGUUGAAUCAGUUGUUGCAAAAUCCAGCUAUAUCGCAGAUGAUGCAGAGUCUUCUCUCCAACCCACAAUAUAUGAAUCAGAUUCUCAAUCCUAACUCCGAACAAGGUGGCAUGUUUAAUUUGAAUAACCAAAUGAGAGAAAUUAUGCAAAAUCCAAAUCUUCUUCAUCAAUUAUCGUCCCCUGAGACAAUGCAGCAAAUGUUGGCUAUGCAACAGUCAAUUCUAUCGCAGGUCAAUCGACAGCAAUCAACCCAGCAACCAGCUCAGACUGGUGCCACUACAGGGCCAAAUAAUACCGAGCUGGAGAUGCUGAUGAACAUGUUUAGUGGUCUUGGAGUCGGUGGCUCAAGCAUUCCAAACCAACCUGAUGUACCCCCUGAAGAACUGUAUGCUACUCAACUGUCUCAGCUUCAAGAAAUGGGUUUCUUUGACACUCAAGAGAAUAUUAGGGCAUUGCGUGCUACUUCAGGAAAUGUCCAUGCUGCAGUGGAGCGACUUUUGGGAAAUUCUGGGCAAUAAAUUGUGAAGUUUCAUGGUCUUUUAGUUGAUUAAAGACACAUUUGAACAUGGUGUUUUCUCAAGUGACAAACCGUUAGCAGGCACUUGCUGGUUCUAUUUCAGGCAGGUGCAUGCCGUGAUAGAGAUGCAAACUUGUGGAUUAUACACUUGUGCAUACUUGACGAUGUUUGCACCUGAAAAUCCCUUAGCGUCAUCCUAACCCUUGGCGGCUUCCUCCCUUGAAAUGUGUUAUGUACAUAAACAGUUUUUUUCUUGCUCCUUUUAUGAGUUAAAGGAUAUUUGUGGAUUUAUUCCUUGGCUAUUGACUUUGUCUUGUUGAAUUGUGAUUACAGGUUUGUUUCUUUCAUUUAAUAAGAGGACCAUUUUAUACUCUUGGCCAUAAAGAAUUAAAUCA